CACAGGAGACGAGGGGAUAAGACAGAAAAGGCAAACUCCAGCGAGGAAAGAAAUGGGCCCGAAGAGAAAACUGGAUGACCUGGCCCAGCCAUCCAGCGCGGGAAGCAGCGGAGACCACGGCGGCGGCGAAGGCGAUGAUCGACCGACGAAGGCGCCACGGCUCUCGCCGUCGCCGCCACCGCCGCCUGCGCAGUCGCCCUCACCGCCCCCGCUUCAGCCGCCAGGGUCCCCGCCGCCUCCCGCCGACAAGGAUCCGGUGGAGCUGGAAGAAGGGGAGCUAGAAGAUGAUGCAGAUUCACGGGAGGAGGAAGAGGAUGAUCAGGAUUCGGAUGAGGAGCUCGGAGGAUCACUUCCUGAACUUGCACUCAGCACACAAGAUUAUCUUUCACUGCGAGAAACCUCGAGCCAGUUGCUGGAUGGCCACAGAACGUACCUCAAACCACAAAAGGACUGCCGUGUCCUCAUUGGUGGUUUCCGGUGUCCAGAUGCUCUCCCGACAGCAUUACGAAGUGAGGAACAACUCUCAGAAUUGGUUCGUGAAUGUCCAGAUAACUCCAUCAUCCAGGAAAAGAUGAAGAUUCUCAGUAAGCAUUAUGUGCUCUUCCGAAGAACUCGCCAAGAUGGCAGCUGCUUUUACAGAGCUUUUCUGUCUUCCUACAUGGAGAUCCUUCGACAAAUGCAAGAUAAACAAGCUGAGGUUACUCGUCUUAUGGAAUGUUUCGAAAUGUAUACAGAUAGAUUCUCUCGUCUUAAGUGGGACGAAGCAUACUUCUUAAAUCCUGAAAAAUACUUCUCAAGUGUUGUUUCUGAGCUCAAUGAGGUUCUCAACGUCAUUGCAGCAGGUUGUACUUCUGAAUGGCUGUACCAGAGAAGCCUGCAGGAGUCCUUUUCAGGCAGGAUUAUAUCUUUCCUUAGGUUGCUUACUGAGACUGAAAUCCGGACAGAAGAGUUCUACAAGCAAUCUAUCCCCAAAAAUGUGAAUGUCCUCCAGUUCUGUUGGAAAACGGUCCGAUCGCUGGAUGCUGAAGCUACCACUACACAAAUGAGGGCUUUGACAUACACGCUCGGCAUACCGUUGCGUGUCGAAGUCGUGGAUAAGAGCUCGACGGGUCAAGUUGUGUUAGUGAAGCGCCUCGAUUUCUUUCAUCAGUCAGACUUGAACAAGGGCCCUCUCCAUUUGACUCGGAGCUACCUUUCCUCGAGCACAGCUCCUAAACUGCUGGAGGAGGGAAGCAACGACGCCGACUUGUUAUCAUCUGAUGGCGCACCCUUGCUGACCUUGUUGUGUAGGCGUGGUCACUGUGACAUUCUUUACCGCAAGUGAACAAACUUUGCGAGUUCGCUUCGUUGACAAAAACUUCCUCCGGGAUGAUUACAGGGAAGCCUACCGACAAUCUUGUAUAGUGUGUGUGCGUGCGCCCGUUUGUGGGUCUGCUCCCAAACAACCUGUGACUCCUCUGCUCCUUGGUUUUCUCAUUCUUGCUGAUGCUGUUGUUAGUUACUCCUGUAUUUGAAAGGAAGCUACAGGAUGGAAGAUGUGAUAGGAACAUAUGAAGAAUUAUUGGGAUACUGUUGUUUGCAAGUUUUGCCACAUCA